CUUUUUUUGAUUCUGCAACUUUUUCACAUUUUAGUUUAAAGUAUGAGUCUUCUUCUUCCUCCACACCACAUUGCCUUAACCAAUUAGUUGGAUGUUCCACGUGUUUCUGCUUCUGCUUCUCUUCUUCUUCUCCCGACAAGCCCCCAUAGCCACCGAUGCACUCCUCUUGAGAAAAUUGGUGGCAAAGCUUGAAUUUCUCUUCCUUUCUUGUUCAAUCACAAGAAUUGGGGCUUAGAAUUUUCUCUCCCAACCCAGAAAUUCCAGAUCUGUUCUGCUCUUUCUUCCCCUGUCCUCGAGCUGCUCUUGCCGGUGGAGAGCUUCUCGGUUUUUCUGGUAAGGGAACAACUAGGAAAUCAUCCCUUUAGCCUUAAUUCAAGUUGGGUUACUCUAAUUCCUGUUUUGGUUCUUGAAUUUGGGUUAAUUCCGUGAGCUUCCCCUGCACUUGCCGCCAGCUUCUCCCCCGCCAGGUUCGGUUCUGUAGCUGGGAAAUUGUGGGAAGCGAAACCGAGGACAGGAAAACCAAGGGGAGUGACGAGGUAGAAGGCUAGCUAUUCUAAUUGAACAUAAGUUUUAGAUUUUAUCAUCCUUUUGUAAGGUAGAUUUUGUUCUUGAGAUUUUGUGAUUUGAAUAAGUUCCGAGCCUUGUGCACUUGUGGGACCCGUCUCACAAGUGUACAACGUCUGCCACAUCCCCGGAUUUGGGUUUUGGGACGCGACAGAGUUCAUUUCAUUUUCUUUAAUUUUCUUCAAAGAAUUGUAUUUAUCUUUUUGGCCCCUUCAAUUUUUUUCUUUCUCUUCUUCAUCUUCCCCUUUAAUACAAAAGGGGAUAAUUA